AGGAAAUCGGAUAUGUUCCAUGGUUGCAGCAAUGCCGCCGAUAACUUUGCAACUGCUGAUGUGAAAACACAUUCGAAUCGCUACUUGUUGAUUGCUACUAGUGGAGGCUUAAACCAACAAAGAACAGGGAUAACUGAUGCUGUUGUUGCAGCUUAUAUCUUGAAUGCUACUCUUGUUGUUCCCAAGCUGGACCAGAAAUCAUUUUGGAAGGAUUCCAGCAAUUUUGAUGAAAUCUUUGAUGUAGACUGGUUUAUAUCAUCUCUAUCAAAAGAUGUUGAAAUCAUUAAACAGCUUCCAACAAAGGGAGGAAAACCAAUGAGUCCAUAUACCAUGCGUGUCCCAAGGAAGUGCAAUGCAAAAUGCUACCAGAAUUGUUUAGUGCCUGUUCUUAAUAAAAAGCAUGCUGUUCAGCUCACAAAGUUUGAUUACAGACUUUCAAAUAAGUUGGAUUCAAAUUUACAAAAGCUUAGGUGUAGAGCAAAUUAUCAUGCCUUGAAGUUUACUGACCUUAUUAAUGAAAUGGGGAAAACGUUGGUUGACAGAAUGAGGAUGAAAAGCAAGCAUUUCAUUGCCCUGCAUUUGAGGUUCGAGCCUGAUAUGCUGGCAUUUUCUGGAUGUGAUUUUGGUGGAGGAGAAAAAGAAAGGAAAGAACUUGGGAAAAUUCGGAAAAGGUGGAAAACUUUACAUGCAAGCAACCCUGACAAGGUAAGAAGACAUGGCAGAUGCCCGCUAACUCCAGAGGAAGUUGGCCUUAUGCUUAGAGCACUGGGUUUUGGAAGUGAUAUUCACUUGUAUGUGGCAUCGGGUGAAGUAUACGGAGGUGAAGAGACGUUGGCACCACUGAAGAAACUUUUCCCGAACUACCACUCAAAAGAGACUAUAGCAAGUAAAGAGGAGUUGACACCAUUUUCAUCCUUCUCUUCUCGAAUGGCUGCACUUGAUUUUAUUGUUUGCGAUGAAAGUGAUGUUUUCAUCACCAACAACAAUGGCAAUAUGGCUAGAAUGUUAGCUGGUCGAAGGAGAUACUUUGGUCAUAAACCAACAAUCCGUCUAAAUGCUAAGAAACUGUCUCCGUUGUUCAUGAAUCGUAAUAACAUGACGUGGGAAGAAUUUGCCUCCAAGCUUCAAACUAAUGAAAUUGGAUUCAUGGGAGAACUAAAUGAGAUAAAGCCUGGCAGGGGUGAGUUCCAUGAAAACCCAGCAGCCUGCAUAUGUAGUGCAUCUAGCACAAAGUCCAACGAAGUUCCAAUUCCUCAAAAUGAAAGUUAUGACAGCCAGAACAUACAUAAGGAGGAUGACACGAAAAAGGACAGUGGUUAUGUGACAGACGAGCAAAUAACCGAGGAUGAGCAGGAUUGGUCUGAGAUUGAUUAUAUGGAAAUGAAUAUAAAUCGUUCUCAGGGUAAAGUGCUGCCUAGUGUAAGAGUUUCAGAUCCAGGUCUUCUACUUAAACCUGACGAACCAGAACUCGAAGAGUUCUUUUCAGACUAGACUGAAUUAAUUAGGAGAAGACUAGACUGGAUCUCCACCUCCGCGAGUUAGCUGAUGUGUCCAAAGGAAUUCAUCACCAAAAUUCUUUGCUGGUUUGUUUUGAUAGGUUACUUGUGCGCACAAGAUUGAUUUUGUUACACUGAAGGGUAGUAAUAACAAGGACGAACAAUGUACAUAGAAGGCCUCUGUAGCAGCAGCAUCGGCAUUGGAAUAACAGAAUGGAGGCGUAAUAUAGAGUCCUAUUCAGAUUUUGAAACUUGUAAAUGAAGCUACUAGGACAUCUUUUGCUGUUUUUUUUUUUUUUUUUUUCUUUUCAUUUUCUCUGAUGAUUCUUGCCGUAAGGCAGGAAUGUUGAUAUGAUUUUUUUUUUCGGUCAAAAGAAUGUUUAUAUGAUCCUUGCUCUUCUUUUGUACCUUUUUUAUUUUUUGAAUUUUUUAAGUUCGUGUUCUAUGAUAGGCAUUGAACCCAACGAUGGCCUUGCUUUCUUCAUCUCCCUUGAAAAUUUUAAUUUUUUGUAAUUGCUUUAUGGUGAUGAUGAUAGAAAAACGUAUUUGAUUUAAGAAAUGCAAACUGAAGAAAUCCAACUUGAAUGAAGCCAUUCCAACUUGAAGCAGAAAUCCAAUUGAUGCAAAAUUUAGUACUGUUGACUUUUAACAAUUUAAUACUUGAAUUGAAUGAAGAAAAUUACAUGGCUUACAUGGGGCGUGAGAAACUGAACUCAAAAGCAUCCUCAGCCAAAAAGCUUGGCGAUGGAGAGGGCAAAGGGUUAAAACAAGAAAGACAUCCCUAAGCCUAACAAACUCAAAAGCAUCCUCAGCCACAAGUCUUGCAAACCGCUCAAAUAAAAUGAAAAUUUGAAGUUAGGGAUAUCAGCUUGAUCUACAAAGCCCUCUGCUUUAUCAUCUCAGCAUCUUUGCCAUACAACAGACAUAUCCCACACUUUUCCACCUCCACCCCAACCCGAACGGGGAGGGGGCGUUGAUAAGCAAGGUUGAAGUCAACAUUGACCUCAG